AUGAACGUGCGCCUGUCGUGGAACAGAGGACUGCUUACUUACUGGCUUGCGGAGGAGGAGGGCAAGAAGUGGAGUGAGAGGCUCAAGGACAUGGGCAUGCGGCCUCCCUACAGCUUCGGCUGCAUUCUCCGCUUUCUUCUCAAGCCCCUGCCAGACAUCCUGUCAAGAACUGAAGCUAUGUACCACCACCUCUUCUCCCCUCUCGACUCCUCCUCCCCCCCUUCGGCCCUCCUCCAAUCCCAAACCCCACAUCACCUGAGUUCUGGACAAUCAGCGGCCUCCCAUUACUCCUCAAGCGAUAGGGUGGUGGUGGUGGGCAUGCACAUGAGAGCACCUGACUCGUUCGUGUGGCAGGGCGAGAGUGGCUUUGGAGAUCCCAAGGUUCUGAGUGAGACAGAGAGAACUGAGCUCAUCAAGUGGGCUAUGGGCUACGUUGCUUGUGCCCAGGUGAAAAGUUUGCUGUAA